CUUUUAUGGAAAUAAUAUUUACUUAGUAAAUUGUUUAAUGUACAUUGAUUUUAAAUACUAAGCAAAAUGAGUAAAAAGUGUGGAAGGUGCGAAAAGACGGUUUACCCAACUGAAGAACUCAAAUGCUUGGACAAGGUUUGGCAUAAGCUAUGUUUCAAAUGCAAGGACUGUGGGAUGGCCCUUAAUAUGAGGAAUUACAAGGGCUACAAUAAGGAACCUUAUUGUGAUGCCCAUAUUCCAAAAGCUAAGGCAACAACAAUGGCUGAAACACCUGAACUUAGACGAAUUGCUGAAAACACCAAGCUACAGUCCAAUAUAAAGUACCAUGCUGAUUUUGAAAAAAGCAAAGGAAAGUUCACACAAGUUGCAGAUGAUCCUGAAACUUUAAGAAUCAAACAGAACACGAAAAUUAUCAGCAAUGUAGUUUACCAUGGAGAUCUAAUUAAAAAGGCAGAAAUGGAACAGAAGAGGCAAAUAAAUGAAAAUUCAAAUGGUUUCAAAGAUCCAGAUAUUAAAAACGCAAAUCACCUUCCUAUUCAAUCUCAAACUCCAAUUCAACCCCCACCUUCCUAUAAUCCUCCCUCUUCUUCCCAAAUUUCUCAACCUGCACAGGUACCUACAGGGAAUCCAAACCAUAUUGGUAAAAUAAGUGAGUAUGAUCCUCAAGCUACCACUGGUAAUUACCAAAGUCCGUACUCAUCUAGAAAUUCUCAAACUUUAAUCUAUUCUUCAGACGUUGGAAGUGUGAACAAUCCACCCCAACGACACAUAGGAUCAGUACAUGAUAUGGAUCCAGUCAACCACAAUUAUGGCUCUUUAGGUCGAGUGUACCGCGCCAUGUACGACUACGAAGCGCAGGACGACGACGAAGUAAGUUUUAUAGAUGGCGACCUUAUUAUCAAUGUCGGAAGCAUUGAUGGUGGAUGGAUGACUGGCGAAGUGCAGCGCACUGGCCAGAUUGGAAUGUUGCCUGCCAAUUACGUACAAUUGGCAAAUAUUUGAAAAGUUUAGUUUUUACUUUUUGACAUUUUUAUGAUAAUGUUUUCGUACUGCAUUAAAUAUCCUAGUGAAAUAUUAAAAAAUUGAUUAUAAUGUUAGCUACUAAAAGACAAUUUUUUACUCAAGCAAACAAAAGCGAUUAGAUUUUUAAGUAAAAAAGACUUAGGCCUAUAACAGUGCUUUAUUAAUGUUUUAGUAGUCUACUUCAUAAUCAAUUUACUUUACCAAAAUAUUGGGCUUCCUUAUACCGUUAAUCUGGGAUAUUUAGUGCAAAUUUAUUAAACCAAACACAUUUGUAGUAGAGGCAGUAAAUAGUUUACACUUUCGGGUCAAGUUAAUAUACAGUGUCCGCGAAAAUAAGGCAUUCAUUCCACAUAAAAACUAUUAUUUUUUGAAGAGUAACUAUUAAGAUCUGGGGAACAACUGGCAAAUAAAUCAUUGAAGACUGUUUCGGAUGGUUGAAAUAAUGAAAUCUACAGCUAUCCAUUAAAAUUUUCAAGUGGAACAAUAAAAUUAACAAGUAGAAGCUGAGGGACUUAUUGUAAAACCGUGACAAGUCACAUUUUUUAAAAUAAAAGCAUUUUUAUUUCACGACAAUAAAAUAUAAGGUUACAAAAGCCAUAAACCAAAUGGAAAUUCUGCAACAAAUACCGUCAUUAGCCAAAAAAUCAAGGUAUUGCAUUUUAACAAAGUUUUAGUAGUUUUGGAAGUUUAUUUGAACCUUUAAAGACGUAUUUCCUCAAUAAAUUAAUGGGGCUUGUCAUGUUAAUCCAAUAAGCCCUUCAAUUAUAACAUGUAAAUUAAAACCUAGGAAAACUUAUGUUUAUUGCAUAUAGUCACGAAAGUUGACUUGCGUGUACAAAAUGAGAUAGGCAAUGAAAUUUUUACAAAAAAAAAAUGGUUGAAGUGUAUUUAUAUUAAACCACACAACCUCAAAAUUCGGAUACCAUUCAACAUGAAUUAAUAUAUGCAUCGUUGUCAGACGUUAUUCUUACAAAUAAAUAAUAUUUAAAUUAUUGGGAAAAUGAAUGACUUCAGCUAUGUCUUUAAGGAAAGCAUUGUUUUCACGAACUAGUACAUUUUAUUAAAUAUUACCGAACUAAUUUAAAAUCAAAUUUGUUAAAUUCACAUCUUUUGUUUGUAACAUAAUUUGAACAUUCCUAACCUGGUACCACUUAAUACCUAUAAACAUAAAUAUGAUCCAUUCAAUAUGGAAUGUGGUACCUACUUUAAAAAUGCAUUAUUUAUAGUUGCAAAAAAAUAUACACUAUAAAUUGACAAUAACACUUUAAAUCUCCUUUUAAUUAAAAAAAUAUUUAUAAAUAUAAUAUUUUUUUGCCAUUUUUUAUAUUUUUUAAAUAAAUAAAAGCCUGAUAAUCCUAGAACCAGAAUGAAUUUUUUUUGUGGAUUAUUAAUGUUAUAAAUCUUUCAAUAUAAACAAAAAUAAGUUGCUUGCAAUGUGCCAAUAUUUAAAACUUAUUAAAGCAACAAGCAUAUGAGUAAAUAUUUACAAAAUUAUAUCAAUCACGUUUGCUGUUUAAUUAAUUACCAAAUAAAACUGCGUUUUUUGAACAUACAUAAUUAGUAAUAACUGUACACUAUAAAUCAAACUACUUUGUAAAUAUUUUCGAAUAUUUAAAUUAAAAUUCGUCCCGUUAGACUGCCUCGUUAUCUGCAUUUCCAAUUUAAUUUAAUGUAUACCAUGAAUUUGUAUAAAUCAGUGUAAGCAAUAAUCGAUCACUUAUAAAAUUUGCCUAAAAAAUCGAUAGAAACCCGAUGAAAAUAUUGAUAUCAUUCCAUUAGCCAUUGUACUUGCCAUUUUUUGGUAAUUUUUUAUUAUGUGACCUUCGUUUACGUAUUUUUUUUAUAAUACUUAUAAAACUGACCAAAUUAAGGAGUAACACGAGUUUCAAUUUGAUUUCUUAUCAAAAAAAUAAUCAUUUAAAACUUUUAAUGAAAGCAAUUGUAGAAAACUUCUUAUGUUUGACUCAGUACAGGUUGGUUUAUUAAUUCUUUUAAAAAAUUAAUAAAAAAAGUUGAAAAUAUAAAUAUGGGAAAUAAUCCCAAUCUUUCCACAAAUCACCCCACUAAGAGUGAACCCUAUAAAACACUGCUUUGGAGGAGAGGGUGGCUAUUAUUAUCAUUGCACCCCAGGUGAUUGAUUGUGCCAUUUGACAUACAGGUGAAGAAAAACCUUACUCAUCAUCAUAAAACUAGUAGUAAGUAUGUUGAAUCAUCUAUUGAUGACAACAUAGUUGAUGGGUGAAAAAGAGCAUCCAUUUAAAAAUUCUAGAAAUCAGUUUGGAUUAAUCAUUGAAAAAUAUCAAAUUGAAAUUCGUGCAUUGCAUUAGUAAUUAUUUUUAAAUACGGUCCAACAACUGUUUAUUAUUACAUUACCCAACCCUGUGUAUUUAAGAACUUCAUUCCAAUUGCAUUUAUUUAUCAAAAAAGUUUUUUUAUCCAUUUAGAUGAAGCUAUUAUUUGUGCCUUUUAAUAAAUAUUACCUAAGUAGCAUUUUUAUAUUGUUAAUAGUAAUUGUAUAUAGGAUGAAUUAUAUUUUCUUUAUUAACAAUGGAAUCAUAUAGAUCCUGGCUACAAAUGAAAUGUUCAUACAUUUUCAUGACCAAAUUUAUAAAAGUAUUAUUCACUGUGAUGAAAGCGUUAUUUUUUAUAGAAAAGACUUUAAAAAAACUGUAAAUUUGAUCAAUUUUAUUAUGCCAAAAGAACGAGUAGAGAGAAAAUGGGUACACCAAAUACACGCUCAUUAACCUUGGAAGUCAUGCAUCUGGAAAUAAAAACUUAAAAUCAAUUUUGGCGGUAAGAGAUUUCCUUUUGGAUUUCGCGAAAAAUAAAGGAAUGAAGAUAAUUUUCAUGUUCCAGAGUUCAUUUUUCCAUGAUUGUAUCAACAACAUAAGUUACUGGUUCCCUAGAAUUUAAACCUUUCCAAAAUGUCUCGUGAUAAAAUUGGAAAACGGAGA